AAGGAUUUUGUUUAUGUAAAACUCUAUUUUCCUAUCAAUGCUGUAAUAACAACUCUAAUGUCAGCUUGUAAAAAAAAAGAAUUUAUUAUUUUGUAUGGUUCACAAACUGGUCAAGCAGAAGCAAUAUCUGAAGAAAUUUACGAACAAGCCUUAAAACGUGGGUUUCAUCCAACCAGGUUUUGUUUAAGUCAGAUUGAAAAGAAGUUUUCAUUGGAAAAAGAAAGUUGUGCUGUUAUUGUAUGCUCAACAACUGGAGAAGGAGAGCCACCAGAUAAAGCUUUAAAGUUUGUGCGCAGAAUUAAGAAAAAAACAUUACCACCUGAUUACUUUAAGCAUCUUUCAUAUGCACUUUUAGGUCUUGGUGAUAGCAAUUACACAAAUUUUUGUCUUUGUGGUAAAAAUAUUGACAAUCGUUUGCAAGAACUUGGUGCAAUACGUUUUUAUGAAACUGGAUAUGGUGAUGAUGCAGUAGGGUUGGAGGUUGGUGUUGAGCCUUGGAUAGAAGGACUGUUUAUAGCAUUAUCAAAGCAUUUUGAUGUAACAUCAUCUUUAUAUGACAAUACUAUACAACAUUUUGAAGAAAAGGUUGAGAGAAUAAUCAUUACGCAUAUAUCAGAGCAUAUUUCAAUUCAAUCUGAAAAAAUUAAUUUUAUAGAAGGCAAAUUAGAUUGGCUAGAACAGUCAAGCAUGGCCAGCUUGAAAAGUCUCUCUGCAUCUUUAUAUGGAUCAGUUCUCAAAAUUCCAUCUUCUCCGGAACCAUUUCUUCAACUAGACUUUUUAAGCGAUCAAAGCAUAGAACUUGAAAAUACAACUUCAAUAACUUACCCCAAUUCAGCAACAGAUGUAAAAAGUGUUAGAGUUAUUAAGAUUAGGCAGUUAACACACGACCCUUCUGUCAAAAAGACUUUUGAGAUAGAGUUGGACAUUCAAGAUACUGAAUUUGUUUAUGAACCUGGUAAUUCUAUUGGUGUGAUUUGUUAUAAUGAAAAAAAAGAUGUUGAGUAUAUAUUUAACAGAUUAAAAUUAUCAGAGUAUGCAGAUAAAAAAUUCACUUUAAAUGUAAGUUCGGAUACAGUUAAAAGAGGUGCUAAAGUUCCUGACUAUAUACCAAAAAUAACUACCCUGAGAAAUAUCUUUAUGCAGUAUGUUGACUUUCGAGCAGUCCCACGAAAGGCCUUUUUAAGAAUGUUAGCUGAUUACACUUAUAAUGAUUCUGAAAAAAAAAGAAUCCAAGAACUUUGUAGUUCUCAAGGAAGCAAAGACUUUGAUAUGUUUGUUCGAGCAAAUCUUAUUGGUUUAGUGGAAUUGCUUCAAACAUUUCAUAGUUGUAAUCCACCAGUAGAAAGACUUAUAGAAAUGUUGCCAAGACUGUUGCCAAGAGAGUAUUCUGUUGCCAGUUCACCAUCUAUUGAUCCAACUAAGCUCAAGUUUGUGUUUAAUCUGAUAGAACAUCCUCCAUUUCAAGAAACUGCAAGGUAUGGUCUUUGCACAAGAUGGCUUUCUAAUAUGGCAUUUCAGUUUUCUAAUAGUGUUCUAGAAAACUUAGAAAACCUUCAUAUUCAUGAGAAUCUGGUAAAUAUUUAUUUUCGAAAACCAACUAACUUUCGACUUCCAGUUGAUUCCACUAAACCUUUAAUUAUGAUUGGUCCAGGAACAGGGAUUGCUCCAUUCAUUGGAUUCUUACAAAAAAGACACAGUUUGAUGAAUGAAUCGUAUGCACUUGGGGAAGCUUAUUUGUUUUAUGGUUGUCGUUAUAAAGACAAAGACUUUUUAUAUAAGGAAGAUAUCAUGAGGUAUAAGUCUAGUGGAGUUAUUACUGAUUGUAUAGUGUCUUUCUCAAGAGAAGAAAAUGAGCCCAAAUAUGUUCAAGAUAACAUUCGAUGUUAUAGAGAAAAAGUGAUGAGUUUGUUAUUUGAAAGAGAUGGUUUUGUUUUUAUAUGCGGUGAUGCAAAAGGUAUGGGUCGUGAUGUUACUAACACUUUUGUUGAUCUCAUUGAAGAAUAUAAAAAAGUGUCUAAACCGGAUGCUUUAAAACUGCUGUCUACAUUAAGAGAAAAUAAGAGAUUCGUUGAAGAAACAUGGACUUAAAAUGCUUAGAACUACUGUCUACGUUAAAAAAAAUUAAAACGUUUGCAGAAAAGAACGUCAUGAGAUUAACUUGCUUAAAUAUGCGAUAUACUUUCGUUUUCAAAAUGCAAAGAGUUUUUUAUCAUAGAGUAUUUGAUAAAAAAAAGUAAAAAACGGUAGCAAUGAAUACAAGAUAAAACAGAAUGAUAUUUUUAGCUACCUAACGUUUUUUUAACAUGUUAUUUAUUCUUUUUCUUAAAUAUAAAUAUAUCAUUAAAAUACUAUCUAUAAA